GGCCAUCAGAUUCACUCAUUGAAAGCUCCCUCUCUCUCUCAACUUUUCUCAACUGCACUUGAAGAGGAAGCUUUGACAGUUGCCUCAUUUGCAACUACACUGUCACAUGUAUCUUCCUCCCUUUUCCUUUCCCUCUCCCAAUUUUUGAAAAAUCAGAGCCCAACUUUUCAGAAAGGGGCCUCCAAUUUGCAUGCCAAACCCCAUUUCAACAUCUCACUGCAUUAAUUCCCGGUACGUUCGAAUCUCCUCCACCCCUCCUUUUUUGACCCAUUUAAAGCAUUUUCGGCAGUUACCAAUUUUCAUUUCAAAAGGGGGCCUCACCGCUUCUAAACCACCCUAUUUCUGUCUCUAGAUCUGUUGGUUUUUUUUAUUGGAGUGAUUCUUGGCUUUUCUAUGCGUAUUUCUUGCUCCAAGAUUGGAUUUUUCGGCUUGCUGUGAUAUAGAGAGUCUUGAUUGGAGUGAUUCUUCUUUGCUUUUGUAUGCAUAUAUCUUGCUCCAAGAUUGGAUUUUUCGGUUGCUAUGGUGUAGAAUCACGUUAGGUAUAGGUGUGGUUGGAGGAUGCCAAGGCAGAAUUUGAUCAAUGUGGAUGUGAGGAUUGGUGCGAGGAAAUGCAAAGUGAGGAAGAGGGGUUGUUCAUCGUCUUCCUCGUCGUCGUUGGUGCAGAAUAGCCGGUUGAAGCGAGCUUUUUUGGUGGGGAGACGAGUGGGAUCGAGCACCCCUGUGCCGAGGUGGAAGAUGAUGAGCUCGAGAUCACCAUCGAUGGAGAGUGGUGACAAGGCAGCACUCAAGUAUUUGGCGGUGAGGGGUGGGGAGGAGGCGAGGGAGAUGUCGAUCUCAGCCCGGAAACUGGCUGCCACUCUGUGGGAGAUUGAUGGCCUGCCUUCACCAAGAGUAAGGAGGGAGAGUUUGAAUGGGGUUGGGGGAGUUGUUAGGAGGGAGAGGAUGUUGGAGGAGGCGAAGAAGCCGGGAUCAACGGCUCUUGCCUUGUCUGAUCUCUUUGGUAGUCAUGUCUCUGAGGUGGGGAUUGGGUGUUUACUUGUUGUGUUGUGUUGUAACUCUGCGCGUUUAUCCCUUUUCUCGGCCCUAAAGUUUGAGCUCGACCGGGCUUGUAUCCACGUGAGUAAAUUGAUCCAAGAGCAACGGAAGGGGGGUGAGAUUGCUGUUUUGUUGAAGCAGUUAGAAGAGGAGAAGUUGGUUUGGAAAUUGAAAGAGCAGGAUAAGAUUCGGAGGGCCAUAGCCUCGGUAAACGGGGAGCUCGAAUCGGAGAGGAAAAUGAGGAGGCGGACGGAGAGGCUUAACAAGAAGCUCGGUACAGAAUUGGCGGAGACGAGGGAGUCCCUGGCUAAGAUGAGCAAGGAGCUCGAGAGCGAGAAGAGGGCACGGGAGAUAUUUGAGCAAGUGUGCGAUGAGCUGGCUCGGGGAAUAGGGGAGGACCGGGCUGAGGUGGAGGAGCUCAAGAGGCGCUCGGCUAAGGUCUGCGAAGAGGUGGAGAAGGAGAGGGAGAUGAUGCAGAUGGCUGAUGUGCUGCGUGAGGAGCGAGUGCAGAUGAAGCUCGCGGAGGCCAAGUAUCAGUUCGAGGAGAAGAACGCGCUCGUUGACACGCUGAGGAACGAGCUCGAGGCCUACUUGAAGUCCAAGAAUGGCGAAGAGCAGCAACAAGGCGAUGGCUCCCCGAGCUACGACAAGAUCAAGGAGCUCGAGAGAUACUUGAGGGAGACGCUGCCUAGCCCAUAUGAGUACCAUGAUAAAGCAAGAGACGACGUUUUGGACGUCUCACUAGUAAACAGAGUUGAUCAACACGAAGAAGAAGACGAUGAUGAUGACGAUGAUGACGAUGACGAUGAGGAGGAGGACGACGAAGACGAUUCAGCUGACAGCGACCUCCACUCCAUCGAACUAAACAUGGACGACAUCAGCAAGAGCUUUCAAUGGAGCGACACGGCCAAAGCAGAGUCGAAGAGGAACUCAAUCGACAAGAGCAAAGGGAGAAGGUCCAUCAAGAAGCCACCACCACCACCACCAGCACUCGCCAUUUCAACCGAUGGGAACAAACAAGAAACACUAGACGUGUUCGACAGAAGAGGGCUAUUCGAGUUCUCAUCACAGCCAUGGAAGAAGAGCGACGUGGAAGACGAGCUCGAGAGAUACAACAUGAUCAAAGACCUAAGAGACCACAUAGUUUCCACUUCAAGAAUUGCAUCCUCUCAAGAGGAUGAUCCUCCCAAUGGCGUCGUGCCCUGUCACGGCUAGCAGCUAUACGCGAGGCGUGGCGUGACGUCACGCCUUUCGGAAAAAACUCCCCUCUAGCAUGUGUCAUGAAUUCAAGAGUGUAAACAGAAAAUUUUUGUUUCCAUACAUAAAGUGAGUAACUGUAUAAAUUAUGCUACUUUUUUCCUCUGCAAGGAAUGAAAAUGAUAUAUUUGUUGAAAUUUCUUCUACCAA